UCAGUAGCAUUCAAAGCGGCGCGCGAUUCGCACGCUGCGCAUGAGCACGCGUAUACGUACGGUAGUGAAAGUCGCGCGCGCAGGUUCCGCUACGAUUUCGUACGCCGACAUCUUCGUCUAGUUAUUCUGUUUGUUCGUUGCGCCAGUGCAACGGGGAAAGGAGGUGUUACGACAACGACUGAACUAAUUGAAUUGUGAUAUUUUAAAGUUUUCGAAGAAAUGUGUCCGAAAAUGAAGGAGCCGUAAUUGUGAUGUUACCUGCGUAAAGAGAACAAAGUGUGACAGUUAACGAUUACUAGUGAUUAACAAAAUGAGUGUUGAACCGACGCUGACUGAGUCGCCGGUGCCAUUGGCACUGACGCGGCUGCAGACGCGGCCUGGCCGGCUGCCCCGCGGGCUGCGCACGCAUCGCCCGAGUCUGCAACUCGCCAGCUUACAGGAAGCUGUUGAUGAGACUCCGAGACGAUACAGUGGAGAACCAUUCGCACCCGACACAGACGACGACGAGGCCUUCACUGACGAUGUCGUCACUGAGGAACCUUCACUAUCCACAUCAAACGGACGCAGGGCGUCCGAAGCUACUUUUGCAGAACGAUACAGACAAUUGUCAGACUUUGAUGGUCCUCCUCCGGAACCUCCACGACGAGCUUCAUUGGCUGUGCCAGUAGGUGCAGAAGGAUUUGGACCUAACGACAAAGGUCGUCGACGUUCUUGGGCAGCGAGGCUGCAAUUAGAACGCAAGAAAAGAAGGAAAUCAGGAGGCAACGAUACAGAUGAAGAUAGUGAUAGUCCUACUUAUGUCCGUCAAAAGAGACCCUCAUGGUGGAAUGUAUUCGUGCCUGAUAAUAUGCUGAAGAACAGGUCUAGGCGAGCUUCGCAGCAGCUGUCCAGGAGCGCAGAAAGCAUCGACCAGUCUUUCAAGAGGUCGAAAAGCCGUUCGGUUGACCAUGGCUUCUCGCCGCCCUUCGACUUGGACGCGCUGCGCUCGAAGGUCGAAGGCAGAUUUGAUGCCGUGCACAGAGAUGAAGACGAGCACGCCAAGAGACUACCACCACCUCCACCGAUCAAAACGAUGACUUACACGGUACGCGACCGGGACACCCUGACAUCGCUAGCGGCGAGGUUCGACACCACCCCCUCGGAGCUGACCAAGCUGAACAGGCUCGCAACGCAGUUCAUCUUCCCGGGACAGACGCUGCUGGUUCCCGAUAAACGGAAAGAUGGCGAUAAAGACUCUGAUGGGCCGUCAGAGAGCGGUGAUAACACAUCUGAGUCAACACAGGGGCCACCGAGCGAGCCCGCACAAGAAAAAGAAAUACUGGACAGCUUGCGGCCAGGGUCCCCCGAGGCACCCACAAGCAGCUGCGCGCCCCAGCGUUUCCUCAAGAUCAACGUGCGACACAUCACCGAUGGACAGGGCGUGGUAUCCGGAGUUCUGCUGGUGACGCCUAACGCGGUGAUGUUCGACCCGAACGUGUCGGACACGCUAGUGAUGGAGCACGGGCCCGAGUCGUACGGCGUCAUCGCCCCCAUGGAGUACGUCGUCAACGCCGCCAUCUUCUACGACAUCGCGCACAUGCGCACGCACGGACCCGACCAUAACACGCACAAAGCCGAGCAGGCCGAGAUCUACUACAUGAAUAAGACAGAACUGUCACCAGGAAAGGACUCACUUCUAGUCAAAGAUGAAACAUUCCCGGAGCUGCAGGCGGCGACGGGUGAGAGCGCGGACGGUGAGUCCGCCGCGGACCCGCGCCCCGGGGACGAGGCGGAGGACCGCGGGGGCGCCGCCUUCCCCAAGGCAUUCGAUAGGGAACUCGUCACGCCUACUGCCCUGCAGCAACAGUCGACUGAGGACAGGCGAAAAUCAUUACUGGACCAACACUGGGCCAUUCCGAGCAAAGACAGGAUGUCCAUCGAUCAAGGAAGUGAGAUAUCAUCUACGGCGGACGCCGGAAAGGAAGAAAGCACGGGUCCUGAGCCGGAGGCGGGUGACAGUAUCGCGGCCGCAGAUGGAUCCGAGGCCGGGGACGCGCCCGAUCAGGACGCACAACAUCUGGUCAAGCUGUCCUACCAUGACUCCGGCAUCGACAUUCGUGACCCAUUGCUGCAUGUUACACCUGCUAAUUCUAAAAAAGUGUACAGCGACGCGGACAUCGUGCUGUCGGCGGAGUGGGUGCCGCCGGUGUGCCUGGCGCGCGGCGAGCCGCCGCUGUCGGCGCCGCCGCACAGCGACGCGGAGCGCGCGCGCAAGACGCAGGCCGUCUCCUUCUCGCUCGACAACGCCGCCGGCAAGGACGAUGCUAAACCUGAUAAGAAGAAUAAGAUGCUGAAGCGUCUCUCGUACCCUCUCUCGUGGGUGGAAGGUCUGACGGGCGAGGGCGGUGCGCAGGGCUCCCAGAGCGACUCCCUGCCCACGUCCGCCGACAGCCACAACUCUACCAGCGUCUUCUCUAAAGUAUUCAACAGCUCACCAAUGAAUCUCGUGGAGUUCGGUACUGGUUUGUUCCUGAGUAAAACCCCGUCUGAAGAGGCGCCCCAGGACGUGUUUUCUACUUCGGGACGCAGUUCCCUGGGCGGAUUCGGUCGCUCGCAUACGAAGUCUACCAGCAGCGCCGGCAGCGCGCCGCCACCGCGUCUCGACUACCGCAGCAUGGUCUCUGUCGAUGACAUGCCGGACCUGUUCGCAUCAUUUGAUAAGCUAAUUCCCCGACCGGCACGACCAAGUGACGACCCGCCUCUAUACCUGCGCCUACGCAUGGGCAAGCCCAUCGGCCGUCCACUCCCGCGCACCACCCCACUGAUGUCUUACGGACGCAAGCGCAUGAAGCCCGAGUACUGGUUCGGAGUGCCCAGGAACAGGGUGGAUGACCUAUUCAAGUUCCUAACCCACUGGGUGCCGGACCGAUACGGUCCUCUCGGUGACGUCAGCGCUCAGGGCUACGAGCUCAUUGACAGCGACACCGAAUGGGAUGACGAUGAGGCUAAACCUGGACAUAAAGACGAGCGGACUGGCAGCACGGGCGACGUGUCGGACCUGACGCGCGAGUCCUGGGAGCUGCUGAAGGCGCCCUACGUGAAAAUAUAUUCGAUUAUGAAGAGCCAGGCAGAGGCGCUGGGCGACUCGCUCGGCGAGGAGCCGCGCCAGGAGGUGCUGUCGAUGAGCGAUGAGCUUCGUCGCGCGCUGUACUCGUCGGGCGCCUCCAUCGAUAUGGAGUUCUCCCCGCCCGACCUCAUCGGCACCUCGGAGAUAUUCACUAUGGAACACAGAGAGAAGCUGUGCUCGGUGCUACCGGCGCGUGCACAGGGCUACAUGUGGCAGCUGGCGUUCAGUACGAGCCAGCACGGGUUCUCGCUGGCCUCCAUGUACCGCAAGAUGCAGCGCGUCGACAGCCCCGUCCUGCUCGUCAUACAGGACACAGACAACAACGUGUUCGGUGCUCUGACAUCAUGCGCGUUGCACCCAUCGGAGCACUUCUACGGCACGGGCGAGUCGCUGCUGUUCGCCUUCCAGUGCAGCGGCGAGGAGGCGCGCCGGCAGUCGCAGGCAGCCAUCGAGGCCGCCAAGGACAAGGACAACAAAGACGACGCAACCAAGGAUGAAAAAGAAGAUCACCCACCACCUGUCAAAACCAAGUUCAAGUACUGGGGCUGGACCGGGGACAACAUGUACUUUAUACGCGGCAGCAACGAUAACAUAUCUAUUGGAGCUGGAGAUGGCAAGUUCGGUCUUUGGCUGGACGGCGACCUGUACCUGGGGCGCACGCAGCGCUGCAAGACGUACGGCAACGAGCCGCUGAGCACGCGCGAGGACUUCAUCGUGAAGAUCAUGGAGUGCUGGACCUUCAUCUGAGCGGCGCGGCGCCACAGCCCCUCGCCGGACUCGCCGCACGCGCCGGACGCUAUGCGCUCCACGUUUCUACUUUCAAAUCAAAAAUAAGCUUUAGAUUAUCUUAUGAAAUUUGCUACGAAGAUUUGACACUUUUACAAGUCAGUCUUUUCGACUUUAGUACCGAUGAGUCUGAAAACGAUUUUGUACUCGCAUUGUGACUCGAAACGUAGCGGCGCAGAUCACCACCGAUCGGCCGAUAUGAAGACAAUAUUAUAAACGUCUACGCGCAUUUCUAGUCAAAUGUACUGAAACCUGACCAAUGUUUUCAUCCUCUCCGAAUUUAGAGGCGUGUUCGGAUACGAGUGCCGCCGCUCGGGCGCGGGCCGCUGUCGCCCGCGACUCUGCUGAGCAAGUGCAUUAAUCCUAGUCAAUUGUCAUUUGUAUGUAAGUGGGAGCUCUCCGCUGCCGGGGGCUCCGGGGGCUCCGGGACGGCGAUAUCUGUUGCGGCAACUCGGGCGCCGCGGUCGGUCGCAGGCCACCGCCGUUCGCCCGGACAGUCCGAUAAUUAUUACGUGUCAAUUCAUACAAUUAAUAUUGUGCAUUGUUGUUAAGGAAAUUAAAAGCAUAUUUGUAACUAUAAAAAUCUGUAUGUUAUGUAGAACUUUAUAUAUUAACGAAUCAAUCAUUACCUACAUGUUUAGAGGCCGACUUAUUGGCGUGUCCAGUACCGAGGCAUUGUGACACAUUUCAUUUCAUAAGUGAUUCUGGUUCAUUCAUGACUUAUCGUUAGAGGCAGCUCGAUCGUGUUCGGCAGGGCACGCAGUAGUAGUAUGUGGUCCUUGCCCAAGUAACGAGCGUAGAGCCUCAAGCCACUAUGUGUAGCCCGCGCAAGGGUCGGUGACACUGUCAGUAUAAAUAUUUUAUUUAUUUACUAUUUGUGUAGGUUUUGUAUGUUAUGUUGUCGUGUCUGAUUGUAUUGAGUCAUAAUAUUAAGUUAGUGAGCAUAAUUAUGUUACACUUGUACUGUGAUUUGAUUAUUAUGGUUGCAUUUUUAACUUAUUGGAGCGUUGUCACGGAUUACAUUAACAUAUUAUUCACAUACCAUACUGGUGGAGACUUAGUGAAUAUCUAACAUAUCUUCAUCCAUGUCACACGUUUAUAUGAAUGUUUAUGAUAGACACAAUACGAACACGCAAAUAAAAUAGUCUACAAUAAACCAUAGAUUAUUUUUGUGAUGUGACGCUUCAGUACAGAGAUGAGUAGCCAAUAUAUGAAUAUUAUUAAAUUAAAUAGAAAAAAAAAUCUUAAAUAGAUAUCUUAGAAUGCUUGAUGAAUGUAAUCGUCAUUGUGCUUAGUAAUCGUUAGCAUGAUGUUACUCAGAUCUAUCUGGUCGUAUAACAUUAUUUAUUUGUCCUAUGUGUAAGCACGCGCUAGAGCCGUCGCGCCGCGCUGCGCAGGCGCAUCGCCCGCGCAUCUAUCUACUGCUAUGGCCGGUAUAAUGGCGCCGUCUUUUGGUUUUGUUUCAUAUGUCUACUGUAUAUACAAGAUAUUCCUAUGUGAGAUUAGAAAGAGAUAUAUAUUUUUGUGGAGACCACGCGAAGUAUUAACUUUUGUGUAUAUCGGAUGGUA